AUGGGGCGCAAAUCUCACCAGCCCUUCUCGAUAGCACGGCAUAGUGCUUCCAACCAAAGGCCGAUGGGUGCAAGGCGGCCCCAACUUGGGCUGCCGGCAUCAAAAGCAAUCAUCGAUCAAAGACUUAUCGAAGGCUCUCAGAUCUCUCAACCUUGGAACAGACCUCGAGGAUAUGAAUCUCAGAAUGUCGAGCCCCAUAGCCAGCUUGUUGGUCCGGAUUUGCAAUCCUUCCGUAGCGAUGAUCAUCAGCUGGACGCCUUUGACCUCGAACUGCUUGCCCAGGCAGAUGAGAGCAACCGGAAUCCACUGAGGCAACCGGCUAACUUAAACUAUCCAUCGGUGCAGCCUAGAAAUGAUGGUGCGAAGCAGGUAUCUCGAUUUUUCCAGACGAGCUCCCACAUAACGCCGCUCCGAAGUUUGGAUUCUAGCUCAUCGGAUGUAGGUCUGGGGUCGCCUUCUAGUCCGCUCAGUCGAUUGCAGCUCGGAAAGACGAUUGUGACACGUCGGGAGCAAGAGUAUCAAGCCACGGGGCCUUCGAGACAGUACAACGAAGAUCAACUAUCGCAUGAGGAAGAUUCGCCAUCGCACGGAACUUCUACACUAUCGAUUGGUACAGCACAAUGUCAAAAGAGCCACUUCGAAAACAUCCCCAUGUCAGUUAGAGGAAUUGUCCUUGUCUCAGUACACGAGCUUCCGGAUAGCUACAGGUCCAUCUUUCAUUUCCCGGUAUUCAAUGCUGUACAGUCGAAAUGUUUCCAGCGUGUCUACAAGACCGACGACAAUAUUGUGCUGGCAGCUCCUACUGGAAGUGGUAAGACAGUCAUUAUGGAAUUGGCAAUCUGUCGCCUGCUCAGUACUUUAAAGGAUGAGCGCUUCAAGGUCGUCUAUCAGGCGCCGACCAAGUCUCUGUGCUCCGAGAGAUUUCGGGACUGGAACAGGAAGUUCAUGUCGUUGGGACUCCAGUGUGCGGAGCUAACUGGCGACACUGAUCAUACGCAGCUCAGGAGUGUUCAGAACAGUCAGAUCAUCGUUACUACACCGGAAAAGUGGGACAGCAUGACUCGGAAGUGGAAAGAUCAUGCGCGCUUGAUGCAAUUGGUCAAGCUCUUCCUGAUUGACGAGAUUCACAUUCUCAAGGAGGCUCGUGGUGCGACGCUUGAAGCGGUUGUGUCGAGAAUGAAGACAUUCGGGUCGAAUGUUCGCUUCGUCGCUCUGAGUGCUACGGUCCCAAACUCGGAGGAUAUUGCGAGCUGGCUCGGGAAAGACGCAACGAAUCAACAUGUACCGGCGCACCGAGAGCACUUUGGGGAGGAUUUUCGUCCCGUCAAACUCCAGAAGUUUGUGUACGGUUAUCAGUCGCACAGCAAUGAUUUUGCCUUCGACAAGUUAUGCAGUUCGAAGCUCCCCGAUAUUCUAGGUACGCACUCAUGUAGGAAGCCAAUCAUGAUUUUCUGUUGUACUAGGAAUUCGUGCGUCGCUACCGCAAAAGAGCUUGCUCGUCUAUGGUCCAUGACCAACCCUCCGGCAAGGUUAUGGAAAGUAUCUGGGAAGCAUCUCGAAGCGCACAAUGCAGACCUCAGAACCACGCUGAUGGCAGGAGUCGCAUUUCAUCAUGCCGGUCUCGACCCUGCUGAUCGCCACACCGUUGAGUCUGGGUACCUGCAGGGACAUGUCGCCGUCAUUUGCUGUACCUCAACCCUGGCAGUGGGGGUCAAUCUCCCAUGCCACCUUGUCAUAAUCAAAGGUACAGUAGGUUGGCAGGAUGGUGGCUGCAAGGAAUACUCCGAUCUCGAAAUGAUGCAGAUGCUUGGCCGAGCUGGUCGACCUCAAUUCGACGACAGCGCUAUUGCAGUGAUUAUGACGAGAAAGGACCGAGUUCAACAUUACGAGAAACUCGUAUCUGGAUGUGAGACCCUUGAGAGCUGUUUGCACCUCAACCUGAUCGACCACUUGAACGCCGAGAUUGGGCUAGGUACUGUCACCGAUGUCGAUUCCGCGGUCAGAUGGCUGGCGGGUACUUUCCUGUUUGUCAGGCUGAGAAGAAAUCCAAAGCACUAUCAGCUGAAGGAAGGGGCCACAAAGGAUGAUGAAGACGAAAUGCUUAGGCAGAUUUGCGAAAAGGACAUCAGACUUCUGCAAGAGACUGGACUAGUGGCUUCUGACCGUCUCAAGUCCACACCCUUCGGAGAUGCCAUGGCUCGGUACUAUGUACGGUUCGAUACCAUGAAGACUUUACUCGCGCUGAAAUCUCACGCAACUGUAUCUCAAGUGCUUUCUGCAAUUGCGGAGGCGGAAGAAUUCCGUGAGAUACGGCUGAAGGCAGGCGAGAAGUCACUGUAUAAAGAACUGAACCGUGCCAAUGGCAUAAGGUUCCCAGCGAAAGUUGAUAUAGCGCUUCCAGCUCAUAAGAUCCUAUUGCUCAUCCAGUCAGAGCUCGGUGGGGUCGAGUAUCCGGACGGCGAACAAUAUCAGAAACACAAGUUUGCUUUUCAACAAGACAAGAACUUCGUGUUCUCUCAUAUCAAUAGACUAAUUCGAUGCGUGAUAGAUUGCCAAAUCUCCCUUGAAGACUCAAUCACCGCUCGAAAUGCCCUCGAGCUCGCACGAAGCUUUGGGGCCAAGGUUUGGGAUAACUGUCCUCUGCAGAUGAAGCAAAUCGACCAAGUCGGUAUUGUGGCAGUGCGAAAACUUGCGGCAGCUGGGAUUACCAGCAUCGAUGCCCUGGAAGCUACAGAGCCCCAUCGCAUUGAUAUGAUCAUGAGUAGGAAUCCGCCGUUCGGGAUGAAACUACUUGCUCGUGUUGCCGACUUUCCUAAGCUUAGAGUGAAUGUCAAAUUGGUAGGAAAGGAAAUUAAACCCGGAAAACCUGUAAGAAUACGAUUCGAGGCUGAAAUUGCGUUCAUGAAUGAGAAAACCCCGACGUUCUUCCAACGGCGACCUGUGUAUGUCUGCUUCUUAGCAGAGACCUCCGACGGCCAUCUGAUAGAUUUUCGGCGUAUCAGUGCAAGUAAACUUCAGCAGAGUCAGGAGAUAUCUCUAGAUGCAGAGCUGAAAAGGCCAGGGCUACAUAUAACGUGCUAUGCGAUGUGUGACGAGAUCGCCGGUACUUUGAGGUCUGCAGAGUUGAAGCCUGAGCUGCCAAAUGUCUCUUUCCCAUCUCGGCCAAGUCAAGCCUUGGAGUCGAUGCAGCGGCCUAGGGUGAAUGUUCCAAGUCGCGAUACCGACGACACUCCGAUCAACGCAAACGAUCGAGGAGCAGACGAUAUCGAAAAUGAUGAUUGGCUCUUUGAUGACUUGAUGGAGACAGACGAGGCAAGCAACUGGGCUGGCGUCAACCAGUCAACCGGCACAUCCCGCAGUCGAACUGAGGAGAAAGGCUCGAAAGAAUGCAACUCUGAGAAUUCACUUCCUGGAAAUGACAAAGAGCCGCCUCGACUAGACAAUGGCAGAUAUGCAUGUAACCACAGGUGCAAGGACAAGACAACAUGCAAGCAUCUCUGCUGCCGAGAAGGCCUCGAGAAGCCGCACAAAGUCACUCGGAAGCAGUCUACUAACGGCAAUCAGGCGAAGAGUGGGCUUAACCAGCUGACACUCUCAGCCAGCAUUCCUAGAACAAAGGCUGGGAGGACCUCGACGAUUGAGGCUCGGGAUAAGGGUAAUAUCACUGAUAUCGGGGACAUUUUCCACCUCAGCUUCACCAGUCAUGUCUCCAAGCCUCAAUGCUCUUCAAGUGACUAUGGUGAUGAUAGCUUUGACGACUUGCCGUCGCCAUCAAAGCUGCUGGUGGGCUUUAGUACGGGCACAACGACUCAAGUAAACGAGAAGACCGAAACAAAUGCCAGUGAGUGCGAUGAUAUAACCGAGGCAGAUGAUACUUGGACCGAUGUCGAUGAUUUGUUCACGUAUACAGUUCAACCUUCUUCCACUGACUCGCCAGACCAAGUCAAAAUCCACACUGCCACAUCAGCCACGAGAAAGCAAGAUCAGACAUUAGUGCCACCGGAUAAUCCCAUGUUUGGACGAAGUGUAGUCUCAAACGAGAACGAUAUUCCAAGGGCUUCUGAGACCGACGUCGACAAAGGGCUCGACCCAUCUCGAGUCUCAGAUGAGCACCGCGGACGAAAGAGGGGCCUCUCAUGGCUGUGUGAGAGAGCCCACUCCGAUGAAAGAAUGGAGAAAAGAACGAAGCACGACGAGCCUGGUCAGAUUCCUCGCGGUCAAGUUGAGACUGCUUUAGAGAUAAACGCCAGCGUUCAGGGAUCCGCAAAUCCACCAGAGGUGCCAAAGGAUUGGGAUGACAUCGACCCUGCUCUGCUGCAUCAAUUCAAAGACAUCGUCAAUUUUUUCUAG